AUGAAAAUCUCAUCAAUUAUAUACUAUCUACUGCUUUCAAUAUCGGCUCUAGCUCAUGGAGAUCAUUCACAAACGGUACUAAAGAAAAAACCAGCAAAUUUAAGAUGGCAAGAUUGGCAUAUGUCAGAAGAGCAUAAUUUAGAUGAAUAUGAUGGUAAAACUUUCUUUCUAUUACAUGAUUUAAAAGGUCUUGGUAAAUGGGAUCAUGAUGAUGUUUUAAAUCUUUAUGGAAUUAAACAUGAACAAAUCAUAGGAGAUGGAUCAGGGAUGGGAGAAAAUUCAAUUACAAUAACAAAAGAAACUCAAAGAAUGGUAGUUGAUUCCAUUUUUCAAUUAUUUGAUUUAAAUAAUGAUGGUACAAUAAGUUUAGAAGAAUGGUUAUCAUUUCAUGAUGCAGGAAAAGAAUUACCAGAUUUUGGAUUUGGUCAAGGUCAUCAUUUAGAUUUUGAAAGUGAAUAUGAAGAACAUCAUUGGAAUAAAUAUCAUGCUCAAAAUGAUCCAGAUACAAAAAUAAAACAUAAAGAAGAUAUUGAACAUGAAUUAUUACAUCAUAAACAUGAAAUUGAAGAAACUCAUGAUCGAUCUUCAAGAUUAAAGAAAUUUGCAAAUGAUUAUUUAUCUAAUAUCAGAUUAGAUAAUUUAACUCCAAAGUAUAGAAUAUAG